UUUCCUGUUUCUACAAGGAGGAUGAGUUGUGUUUGUUGUGUUUGAGAAGAACGACUGACGUGGGUGUGGGAUCCGAGAAGCAACAUGGCCAACCGACUCUCGGAGGACGACAUUAGGGAACUCAAAGGUGCCUUUGCGCUCUUCGACCAAGAUGGCGACGGGCUGAUCACCUCCAAGGAGGUGGUGACCGUGAUGAGAUCCCUCGGGAAAAAUCCCACGGAAUCUGAGGUACGAAGCAUCAUCGGUGAGAUAGAGGCCCACAAGAGCAAGGUAGAUUUCCCAAGGUUCCUCUCCGUGAUGGCCAGGAGGACAAGGAAUUCCGACACCGAGGAGGAGAUCCGAGCGGCUUUCCGCGUGUUUGACCGGAAUGGAGACGGCUACAUCAACACGGCAGAACUGCGACAUGUCUUGACCGUCGUCGGGGAGAAGCUGACCGACGAAGAGGUGAAGCUGUUGUUCAAGGAGAUGGACAAAAAUGGGGACGGGAAGGUCAACUAUGAAGAAUUAGCGCGAAUCAUGGUGGAGAAGAUUAUGAAUCCAGAUCUUGCUUAUUCUUACCUGCAGGAACAGAGAGAGACACACAACGUUGGGUGCAACGCGACCGGCAAGAUGUCCCAUGAGUUCACCGAAGCUGAGAUAGGUGUCUUCAAGGAGGCCUUCUCCCAUUUUGACUUGGACGGCGAUGGAGUCAUCACCAAGAAGGAGUUGGGGACCAUCAUGCGAUCCCUAGAGCACGUUCUCCUCCACCUUCAGGAGGGCUUCACCGAUGAGAUGGUGGAGGAGAUGCUGAAGGAGGCUGACCUGGAUGAAGACGGGAAGGUCACCUUUGAGGAGUUUCUGAAGAUGUUGGCCAAGAAGGAGGCAUUGUGCGUCCGCCGAGAACUUGGUUGGGAGCAAGCCAUGGCUUGUCGCUUCAAGGGACUUUCCACCCGCAAAGAUCAGCCCUGCCUCCACCUGCGCUUUUGCCCCAAAACCCAGAAAUUCUUCCUCAGGUUCAAAAACUGGAUUUGCAAGCCGAGAACAGGAGAAGAACUUUUAUCUGCAAUCCUGGUUGGUGGGACAGAAGAAGACACCAUGUCCUCUCUGACGGAACAAGAAAUCGCUGAGUACAAGGAGGCCUUCAUGCUCUUCGACCGGAAUGGAGAUGGGACCAUCACCACCAGGGAACUUGGGACGGUCUUGAGGUCUUUGGGACAAAACCCCACCGAAGCUGAACUGCGGGAGAUUGUCCACAAGCUGGAAACUCACAAAAACGGGACCAUUGACUUCCCGGAUUUCUUGAACCUGAUGGAAAAGGAAAUCAAGAACAGAGAUUGUGAUGAGAUCCGGAAAGCCUUCCAGGUCUUUGACAAAGAUGGAAACGGUUACAUCAGCGCCGCGGAGCUGAGGCACAUCAUGACCAACCUCGGCGAGAAGUUGUCCCGCGAGGAAGUCGAGGAGAUGUUGAAGGUGGCGGACCUGGAUGGAGACGGGCAGAUGAAUUACGAGGAAUUCCUGAGGAUGAUGACCAGCAAGUGAAGAGAUCUGCCAUACCAAGCCGUGGAGAUUUCGGCCUCCUAUGACUUUUUGGCCACGUACCUCCUCCAUAAUGUGGCCUGGUCAGGAGGACAGCUAAGACAAUCGAUUUUGGUGGGACGUGAUCAAUGGUGGAAACCUCCAUCAGACUUGGGGAUGCCAACUGAACUUCAGCUGUGGUGAUUUGUGGAUUUUUGCUGGGAUUCCCAGAAGUGUGCGGCUUCUUUUGGGAUCAAAAUAUAUUCUUUAAUUUUAAUGUCUCAAAAAGAUAUCAAGAGACCAGGAUUGUAGUCUUCCAGAGAAGCUACUUCGGAAAUACAGGGAGUUUUCUGCAGAAAAUUGUCCCCAGUUGCUCCGGCACAAGUAAUUUAACUCUAGCAAGUCAAAUAAAUUUCUAAUUGCUUUUAUCCUAA